AUGUCCAUUGUGAGUAUCGUUGCCAGGGAGAUCCUGGACUCCCGGGGAAACCCCACUGUCGAGGUGGACCUGAGGACUGAGAAAGGUGUGUUCAGAGCUGCCGUGCCCAGUGGAGCGUCCACAGGGAUCUAUGAGGCUCUGGAGCUUCGAGAUGGAGACAAGAGCCGCUACAAGGGCAAAGGUGUCCUGAAGGCUGUUGGCCACAUCAAUGACACCCUGGGACCGGCCCUCAUCGCUUCAGGUAUCAGUGUGGAGGAGCAGGAGAAACUGGACAAUCUAAUGAUUGAGAUGGACGGCACAGAAAACAAAUCUCAGUUUGGUGCUAAUGCUAUUCUGGGCGUCUCGCUGGCCAUCUGCAAGGCGGGCGCCGCAGAGAAAGAGGUGCCCCUGUAUCGCCACAUCGCUGACCUGGCAGGAAACACAGAGCUGGUGCUGCCUGUUCCUGCCUUUAACGUCAUCAAUGGCGGCUCCCAUGCUGGCAAUAAACUGGCCAUGCAGGAGUUCAUGGUGCUCCCUGUGGGCGCCGAGUCGUUCCGAGACGCGCUGCGCAUCGGCGCCGAGCUCUACCACACCCUCAAGGCCGUCAUCAAGGACAAGUACGGCCAGGACGCCAUCAACGUCGGUGACGAGGGGGGCUUCGCGCCCAACAUCCUAGAGAACAGCGAAGCUCUCGAGCUUCUGAAAACCGCCAUAGAGAAUGCCGGCUUCACAGAUAAGAUUGUUAUUGGAAUGGAUGUGGCUGCCUCCGAGUUUUAUCGCGAGGGAAAGUACGACUUGGACUUCAAGUCUCCCCCCGACUCCUCCAGACACAUCACAGGAGAAGAGCUGGCUGAAAUCUACCAGAGUUUCGUCAACGACUACCCAGUGGUGUCCAUCGAGGACCCCUUCGACCAGGACGACUGGGCGGCGUGGACGAAUCUGACGGCCUCGGUGGGGAUCCAGGUGGUGGGGGACGACCUGACGGUGACCAAUCCCAAGCGGAUAGAGAAGGCGGCGGAGGAGCGCGCCUGCAACUGCCUGCUGCUCAAGGUCAACCAGAUCGGCUCCGUGACCGAGGCCAUCCAGGCGUGUAAGCUUGCACAGGCUAAUGGCUGGGGUGUGAUGGUCAGCCAUCGCUCUGGUGAGACAGAAGACACCUUCAUUGCUGACCUGGUAGUGGGACUCUGCACUGGACAGAUCAAAACUGGGGCACCAUGUAGAUCCGAACGACUGGCCAAAUAUAACCAGUUGAUGAGGAUCGAGGAGGAGUUGGGUGAUCAGGCUCGUUUUGCCGGCCACAAUUUCAGAAACCCCAGUGCCCUGUGAGACUGACAUGCCUACACAGGCCCGCAAACAGAAUGACGAACUGACAGACAGACUGUCUAGAGUACCAACUGACAGACUGACACAUGACAUAUGACAGUAUAUGCACAGGACAGCCAAUACAAAGAAACAGGACAGAAUGCACUAGAAAAAAAUAAAAUAAAACAAGACUGAGGAUGCAGAAUGCAGAAUGAGUGCAGAAUAUCAGAAAAGACUGCAUGAUCGCUUUUCCAAAAAAAGUAUAAGAAUAACUAUAAUUUAAAGCUAUUAUGAUAUAUAUUACAUACUAACAUAAAAAAACAGAAAUCUAACAAAUAAGUCAUACUGCUGAAGAGCAGAAAGACACACGAAAAAAGGAGCCUUUUGGGCCAAUAUGCACUAGACCUCCCUGUUAGAAAAUACUGCGAUAGGCACCUGGAUGGAGACACAGACUUACUGACCGACUGACCCACACGCACUACUGACCGCAACUAGCGACGGAAUACUGAUGACGCACAAAAGGAAUACUGUGAAUUGAUUGAAUGAAGGUGCACACUGACAAUUGUACUGUAGAUACCAAGCCUGAAGCACAAAAAAAUUGAAAUGAAAAUAAAAAGGCGAGGAUUGAUGGUUGUGGUGCAACACAUCAAAACGACUGGACAUGCACGCUUACAGUUACACAAAACACACACACACACACACACGAGUGCGCAGCUACGCAAUAUGUAGCACACAGUCUCACCCACACGCCACUCACUCACACUCACACACACACAUGCUCAGAACUGCACUUUUUCUCCUUUUUUCCUCUCCGUCGAUAGCAACUGCAUCACUGUUUUUCCUGUUCUUCUUUUUCAUGUGCCAUCCACCCUUUCCUCCCUCCCUCCUCCUGUCCCUCUCUCCUUCCUUCACUGUCCCGUGUUGUUCCUAUGAUUGCAAACGUGGCCUGUUUCUCCAUGCUUGUUCCACUAUCCCCGACAACCCCCCCUCCCUUUCUCCUUUCCAUUGUUUAUUAUCAACCAGUAGAAUCACUGUGGUUUGGCGAGAAGAUGAUGAAGAAAAAAAUACUUUUAAAAAAGCAAAUCAAUAAAUGAAGUGGAUGUUAAAUUAUGCCAUCGAUUAAAAAAGAAAUCCAUCAUUUACUUCA